CUUUUCCAAACAAGCCCGAUGUUUUAUACACAUUUAAUAUUUAUAGUGGCUGCGUUCCUUUUGAUCCUUCGACGACGAGAACACUUCGAUUGGCUUUGCAGUACAAUCAUCUACUCCUGUUGUUCAUCACUCGCUCUCCGCCAGUGAUAUGACGACCUGUGUAUCUUGUAGUGGGUCUUCGCUCAUUCCGGCCACUCUGGCUGGUAAAAGCUUCCUAUUCGCGGGAAAAUUGCCGGUUCCUAUCGUACCAGCUAAUUCAAGGUCCCGCCCCGUUAGGAAUUGCGGCAUCCGUGCGUCUAUGGUGGACUCCUCCUCCGAUUUCAUUAAGCGCAUGGAAAGAGCCUGGUUGAUCUCUCAGCAACCAAGGCCAAUUGUGUGUUCAUCUUGCGACUCAAAAGGACACAUCGAAUGCAAAUGGUGUGGUGGUACCGGGUUCUUCAUUCUUGGCGAUAACAUGCUUUGCGAAGUUCCAUCCAAAAACACAAGCUGUGUUAUUUGCUCUGGAAAGGGAUCAACGUGCUGCUCUGAUUGUCAAGGCACGGGGUUUCGUGCAAAAUGGUUGGAGGAACCUCCUGCUCCCAAAGAGCAGAACUAAUACUCAGAAACAAUGGACUACGGCUGUGAAGUUGUAAAGUAACACAUAGUAUUCGUGGUAACCUUUUGUCUUGUGGAUUCUGUGGCCAACUGACGACAACGCAGCGGCUUCAACAGUGUACAACUUCUACAGUAAAAGAACUUUGUUCAGGUUCCACGAGGCUGACAUGUUUCUUGAAGCAGUCAAUUGGUCUAGUUUUCGUUCAUUCUUGUUAAAUAUUGGAAUUUGCAUUGUUUUGCAAAAUUUGACAUGAUAGGGCAGUGUUGGGGUCUGUUGGGGCUAGUUGUACAAGAGAUUUUCUUUCAGCGUGUAGAUGCUUAUGGAAUUGAGUUAAAAUUUGCAAAGAUAUAACCUUUCUCCUGAGUCUUGAAUAAUCCUUCCGACAUCCUCUGCAAAUUUUAAACUCUCAACAUCCAUAUACCCGUGUCUGACUUUUUUUUUUUUAAGCUAGCUGUACAAGAGAUUUUCUUUCAGCAUGUAAAUGCGUAGAUAAAUUUGAGUUAAAAUUUGCAAAGAUA